ACGACAUUGAACCUACACCAAAGACCAGUGAUCAAAGCCUUACGAAGAUCAUGGAGGUCUUUCAAUUCCUAUUUUACCUAUGGCUGCUUUUCGUAGACGUCGCCAUCGCCAUCGCCAUCGCCAUCGCCAACACCCCGGUCGCCAACUUAUCGUUAUCGAGAUCGAUGUCGCAUCUUCUGAUACCAUCCAACGCGGUAUGCAUCACGGACAAUCCCGGCGGAUAUCCGCAGUGGCACACAAGGAAAGGCUGAGAAACACAUACUUUGGGCUCGAAACCGCCUUCAAGACGGAUGAGAUGAUAGCUAUCCUUGCGUCCCUACACCCUACACAAAGCCAGGAGUCGCUCCUUGAAACUUUAGUUCGUUGCAAUGGUUCUAUCGAACAAGCGGAAGAAGUCCUCGCAGAAGAGGCCCGCGCAAACGCCUCCAGAGUCUUUGUUGAUCUCACUCUCUCGUCGCCGGUCAUCAAACCAGAGAACCUCGACGACAGCCGAAAGGUCAACCAUUACGCUCGCACUGGAAGUCUCGGUAAUUCCUCUUCACCAUACCUUACCAUGUUCCUUCACGCUUUCUCGGACUGCACGAUGGGACCUUCAAAUUCGCAAGAAUAAGGACGAGGCCUACUCAAACCUGAUCCGGAAUUUUUGGCCAAACCAGUCCCCUGUUGGGGUCUACCGCAACCUUCGUGGAGACUUCCUGAAGAUCGUCCAAAUCGAU